AUGUCUAUUACAAUACCUGGAUCUCUCGUGAACAAGACCAAAAAGCACUUCAUGGGCAUGCCUGCUCCGGCAGGUUAUGUUCCUGGAGUAGGAAGAGGUGCUACCGGGUUCACGACACGAUCUGAUAUCGGCCCUGCGAGAGAAGCAACUGAUGUCCCUGAGGCCGGCACGGGACCGCCGUCGAAGAAAGCAAAAGAGGAAACCAAAGAUGAUCCCGAUGAACAGCUUAAUGACAACAAUUAUGAUGAGUUCGAAGGAUACGCGGGCAGCUUGUUUGCAAAAGAUCCUUAUGACAAAGAAGACGAAGAAGCGGAUGAAGUUUAUCUAGCAGUAGAGACUAGAAUAGAUGAGCGACGGCGAGAAUAUAGAGAGAAGAAGUAUAAAGAAGCUAUUGAGAAGUACCGCAAAGAAAGGCCAAAGAUUCAGCAGGAGUUCUCUGAUUUGAAAAGACAGCUUAGCGAGGUCACUGAAGACGAAUGGGUUGCCAUACCCGAAGUAGGAGAUUCUAGAAACAAAGCUAAACGCAAUCCAAGAGCAGAAAAAUUCACUCCUGUACCAGAUUCACUAAUUGCAAUGUCGAUGAGUUAUGGGGAGACGACAUCAGUGCUUGAUAGCCGCGUUCAGUCCGGAAUGACUACGCCUUUUGGCUCAGGGUUCCAGAGCACCUUUGGUGGAAUAAAUACUUAUCUCGUUUCUUGGACUAUUUCAGGUGGAUGGAAAACAGGGAUUAAUUCGGGCAUUUCUACUGGACACGAUCUCGAUCUGAUUAAGAUUGGUCAGGCCAGGAAUAAAAUUAUGGACAUCAAGCUGAAUCAAGUGUCAGACUCCGUCUCAGGUCAGACUGUUGUUGAUCCGAAGGGUUAUCUAACCGACCUCCAGUCUAUGAUUCCACAAUAUGGAGGUGACAUUAACGAUGUCAAGAAGGCCCGGAUGCUGUUGAAAUCAGUGCGUGAGACGAAUCCGAAGCAUCCUCCGGCAUGGAUUGCUAGUGCUCGUCUCGAAGAAGUUGUCGGGAAACUUCAGGUCGCUCGUCAUCUUAUUAUGGAGGGCUGUGAAAAGAACAAAAAGAGUGAGGAUAUGUGGCUUGAAGCUGUUAGGCUUCAUCCUCCAGAAACUGCAAAGGCCAUCGUAGCAAAUGCAGUGCGGUCGAUGCCACACAGUGUUCGAUUAUGGAUGAAGACGGCCGAAAUCGAAACUGAUUUGAAAGCGAAGAAGAAAGUCUUCCGUAAAGCCUUGGAGCAGAUACCCACGUCAGUUCGUCUUUGGAAAGCAGCAAUUGAAUUGGAAGAACCAGAUGAUGCGCGUAUUCUGCUCACUCGUGCGGUGGAAUGCUGCAGUUCGAGUACCGAGCUCUGGCUAGCUCUUGCCCGCCUUGAAACGUACGAAAACGCUCGAAAAGUUCUGAACAAGGCUCGUGAACACAUUCCAACUGAUCGUCAGAUUUGGUUAUGCGCCGCUCGUCUGGAAGAAACUCGUGGUCAAAAGGAUAUGGUUGAUCGAAUAGUGCAGAAGGCACUGACUUCUUUGACUGCGAAUAUGGUAGAGUUGAAUAGGGAGCACUGGAUGAAGGACGCCAUUGACGCUGAAAGAGCUGGUUGCACGCUGACCUGUCAGGCUAUAAUCCGCCAUGUGAUCGGAGCAGGUGUUGAGGACGAAGAUAAAAAAGCGACGUGGCUCGAGGAUGCUGACUCCUUUGCGAAGCAGGGAGCCCUUGCUUGUGCUCGAGCAGUCUAUGCGCAUGCUUUGCAAAACGUCGAGAAAAGAAAAGGAAUCUGGUUGGCCGCUGCACAUUUCGAAAAAACCCAUGGAACAACUGAGGAGUAUGAGAAAGUACUGGCUGACGCUACAGCUUCCUGCCCGCAAGUUGAAGUUUUGUGGUUGAUGUACGCUAAAUCAAGAUGGCUUCAUGGAGACGUUUCAGGAGCUCGAGAAAUUUUGGCAAAGGCUUUCGAACAUAACGCUAACUCUGAAGGAAUCUGGAUGGCUGCAGUAAAACUGGAAUCUGAAAACAAUGAAUUUGCCCGAGCCCGCCGCCUUCUUGAAAAAGCUCGACGUAAUGCUCCAUCAGCUCGAAUAUGGAUGAAGAGCGCCCGCUUAGAGUGGUGUCUGGGCGAUUUGGAUAAGGCUAAGGAACUUAUCAAGGAAGGUCUCAGCAAGUACGUGGAUUUCGCAAAAUUCUACAUGAUGUUGGGACAAAUAUUGCUUCAAGAGGAUAACGCUGAAGAGGCUAGGAAAGUGUUCACUGAAGGAAUCAAGAGGUGCCCAGGGGCUGUUCCCCUUUGGAUACUUUUGAGUCGAUUGGAGGAAUCACAAAAGCAAAUUAUCAAAGCCAGAUCUGAUUUGGAAAAGGCUCGUAUUCGUAAUCCACGGAAUGAGGACUUAUGGUUGGAAUCGGUGCGGCUCGAGAUGCGUGCUGGUUUGCGCGAGCUGGCUUCAGAACGAUUGGCUAGGGCCCUCCAGGAGUGUGAAAGUUCAGGACGGCUCUGGGCAGAGGCUAUUUGGAUGGAAGAAAGACAUGGCCGAAGGGCAAAGUCAGUGGAUGCGCUCAAGCGAUGUGAGCACAAUCCUCAUGUGCUUGUGGCGGCUGCUCGCUUGUUCUGGUCCGAGAGAAAGGUGAAGAAAGCUCGGGAAUGGUUCCAACGUGCAAUCAACGUAGAUCCAGACAAUGGGGAUGCAUAUGCGCAUUGCUACAAGUUUGAGUUGUUACUUGGCACAGAGGAAGAACAACAGAAAGUUAUCAAGAAGUGUGAAGAUGCAGAGCCACGACACGGUGAGUUAUGGGUGGCUGUCUCGAAGGAUCCAAAACAUUGGAAGAAGCAGACGGCAGAGAUCUUAAAGACGGUUAUAGCCAAUAUUCCUAUUCCUGUAUAG